UAUUGCAGAACAACAUCAAUAGGUAUCUAUGUCAGAAGUAUUCUAGACUUUAAUUUUGAAAAUACUUCUUCAAACAAUGCAGGUUUUGAAGGAAUAAUAUAUAUAAUAAACAAACCUACUAGCAGCAUCUACAACAGUAGUAGUAGCAGCAGCAGGUUCGGGUUGGGGAAGAUUCAGCAUUCCAGGUCGGUUGUUGUAUCUUGUGGAUGGUUUUGUUCCACACCAGUUCAGGUGCGUUCAUCCAAAGACAAAACAUAUACGCUGCAUUCUCUUAUUGGAUCUUCACAACUAAUACAUUAGGUACUCAUAUAUAGGUUGUUUUUAUUUUAAUUCAUUCAUUCGGUUGAAUAUUCUUGUCAAAAAAAUUGUUUCAGAAAUACUUUUAUACGAAAUUUGGUUUACAACGUUCUAUUCGAUUUAACAUUCUGCAGUAUAUUGCUGAAUGUACCUAUCUGGUUUCCUUGUAAUAACGCACCUUAAAACUGCAUUGAAUUGUACAUAAUAAUAUGAGCGUCAGUGUUUAGCGUACUCUGUGCAUGCAUAUAGAUAUAUUUAUGUGUCCAACCAAAAACAACCGUAAAAUGAUUCUUAGUUUUUAAGUUAAAAAUAUGCUCGACUAUUAUUUAUGAUUAACUAGUAUUUAUAUUGUAUUAUUGUGAAGUUUGAUUUAAAAUAGACGUAGGUGAAUACAGAGGAUUAGUUAUCCAAAAUGCAAUUUAUUUUUUAAUGGUUUAUUUUUUUAUACGUAGGUAUGUGUAAUAUAUAUACACUCACAUUUAUACAUCUAUAAUAUAGGUAUGUAUAAUCAUUCCAUCCAGACGGCACAAUAUGCAGACCAACACGUCUUUUUUACGUCCGCUUCAUCUUGCAUGUCCUUGUUUCCACUCUGUGCACAUUUUACUAACCAAACCAGACACAUAAAUAUCGUCUUAGAAUAUUAUUAUUCUAACGUAUUUCUGUACAUGUUUUUAUCAGUUACAAACACCGUGUUUAUAUUUGAUGUUUACAAAGUUAUCGAUACUCGAACAUUGCUUAUAUCGUAUGUAUAAAUUAUACACUUAUGUAUAUUAUACAAACACAUAUACAAAUAUGAACAUGUUGACAUUGCAUUAUAUUAUUAUUAUUAUUAUUAUUAUUCCUGGAUCUGUAAUCUGUAUACGAUAUUACAAUACACUAUUUAGUCAAAACCUCUACACCGGCAUUUUUACAAUUACAAUGUCAAUACUCAAUAAUCUUGCAUAAUAAAGUAUAUUAAUAAUUAACUCACCAAAGUGUGAGUGAUUGUCGUUGUGAAUGUUGAAUAAAUUAAAAUCCAACCUAACCUAUAUAUUUUAAUAAUUUAAUAUUGUGUGAAUUAUAGUAAAUA